GCUAAAUGGAGGGAGCAGCAACCAGUCUCCAAACCCCUCGCGCCUGGACAGAUCCCUCCUCUACUCUAGCUAUCGUUCAGCAUCGAUUGAUCAACCACAGGAGAACGGCAAGGCCCAUAGCCCAGGCCAGCGGCCCUCUCUGUUCCUUACGGGCUCCCUACCGGACAUAGGGCCUAACCAGGACCACAUGAGCUCAGGGCCUGGUAUGGGCAUGGCUGAUGUGUCUGGGAGCAGACUUGGAUUCAAAUCUGGAGUUGGAACCCAAACUGGAACAGGAACUGAUCCUUCAACCCACUUCCGCUACGAGCGUUUCUCCUCCCGGAUGUCUGACUCCUUAACCGGAAACAACACAGACACCAACUGUCGAAUGAUCAGGCCCCCUCCCCUCCCUAGCUUCACCUCUACCCGAGAAGGCCUUCUCAGUCCCACAAGCUCACCUCUGGACAUCUACAGGUCUUUCGCCAAUGCUAAUGAGUCCGCAUUAAAGCUCAGCCCGGGGCUGGGUGGUAUGGGUUCCAAUGGCAACACGGCCUCUGUGGGCUCUAUUGGUCUGGGUCUGCAGAGGAACUUCAGUAACGAAGGCCUGAACUCACCACUGUUCAACAUGGGAUCCCCCCAUGCAGGGUCCCCCGAUGGAGGAUCUCACUUCAGUCCAGAGGCUGAGAAGAACCUGGUGCCCAAGUACAGGGCUUUCCCUGACGCCUAUCUCACCAAGGAGAAAGAACAUGGGAAGCUCAACCCUCGACCAGGAAAGAUGUUCAUCUUUGACCGGCCAGGGAUGUGUGGCCAGAGGAUGGAGGUAUGGAGUGAUGUCGUUGAUGCCACACCCUGGCAACUGCAGGAAACCAUCUCUAUCAGGGUUGUCAGAGGAGGCUGGGUCUUGUACGAGAAGCCCAACUUCAAAGGGGAGAAGAUCGCUCUGGACGAGGGGGACAUAGAGCUCACCUACCCCUUCGACCCCCCUGAGGAGGUAGAGGGACAACAACCGCAGAAUGGAGAGGACAGCCAGAAGGAGGGGGGAGAAGAAGUGGUGGAGGCCAAGACGGCCAGGAGGUUCAUCAUAGGAUCAGUACGAAGAGUAGUCAGGGACUACAGUGUGCCAGAGAUCUGUCUGUUCCCUGAGGAGAAUGCCGAGGGGAAGAAGGUGACCUUCAGAGACACGUCAGAGGACGCCAGGAUAUUCGGCUUCCCCAUCAAAGCCAACUCCAUCAUCAUCAACGCUGGACUAUGGCUGGUAUAUGCUCAGCCUUUCUUCCAGGGAAUACCACGUGUUCUGGAGGUGGGGGGGUUCCCUAACCCUGCAGCCUGGGGUGUGGAACAACCUUACGUGGGCUCCGUGCACCCUCUCAAAAUCGGUGAACCAAGAGUGGAGAAACCUGGUGAGCCCAAGCUGGUGCUCUAUGAAAAGCCCUACUUCACUGGGAAGACAAGGACAAUCUACACCAAUAUGAGAGACUUCAUGACCAGGAAGGAUAGACAGCAGACUGCCUUCAUAUACAGCCCUGGAUCCAUCAAAGUACAGGGAGGCUGCUGGGUGGGCUAUGAGAAGGAGGGUUUCCGAGGCCAUCAGUAUAUGUUGGAGGAGGGAGACUACCAUGACUGGAGGGUGUGGGGGGGCUGCGAUGCCGAGCUGCGCUCUGUCAGAGUCAUUCGAGCGGACCUGACCGAGCCCAUGUUGGUGUUGUAUGAGCAGCCCGACGUGGAGCAGGACAACACCUUUGAGGUGACCGAGGCCCUUCCCGACGUGGAGCAGGACAACACCUUUGAGGUGACCGAGGCCAUUCCCGACGUGGAGCUGUUUGGCUUCCGCACCACCACGCGCUCCAUCCACGUCGUCAGUGGAGCAUGGAUCGCCUACUCUCACGUGGACUUCUCUGGUGACCAGUAUAUCCUGGAGAAAGGUUUCUACAGUAACUCUGCUGACUGGGGCUCUUCAGACAACCGCAUCUGCUCUGUCCAGCCCAUCUUACAGGCUCCAAGUGAAAACCAGGGCAGCGUCAGAAGUGAGGUGAUGUUGUACACAGAGCCAGAUUUCGAGGGGGAAUGCCAUGUGUGUGACAAGAACCAGGAGUCCCUCUCUGACAAGCUCAUCGCCAAGUCCUGCAGAGUGGUGGGGGGAAGUUGGGUGGUGUACGAGGGCCGUGAGUAUUCAGGGAACCUGUACAUCCUGUCAGAAGGAGACUACCCCAACUUCACCAGCAUGGGCUGUCCUCCGAACUGUGUCAUACGCUCGCUGAAGACUAUCCCGCUGGUGUUCUCAGUGCCCUCCGUCUCGCUGUUUGGUCUGGAGUGUUUGGAGGGCAGGGAGAUCACAGUGGACACAGAGGUGGUCAAUAUGCUGGAGGAGGGCUACAACAACCACCUACUCUCUGUCAGAGUCAACCGAGGCUGCUGGGUGAUGUGUGAGCACAGUAACUACAGGGGGCGACAGUUCCUAUUAGAACCCAUUGAAAUCACCAACUGGCCCAAAUUCAGUCAGCUUCUCACCAUUGGCUCAAUGUACCCAGUACGGCAGAGGCGGCACUUCUUCCGCAUCAAAAGCAAAGAGCGAGGUCACUUCCUGUCCAUCCAGGGUGGCGUAGAGGAAAUGAAGUCAGGACGCGUGGUGGUGACCGAGCAGGUGGAGGGCAUGAGCGACAUCUGGUUCUACCAGGAAGGCCUCAUCAAGAACAAGUUGGCUCCUACUAUGAGCCUGCAGGUAAUGGGGAAUGUGGAGGCGGGGGCGAAGGUGGUGCUGUGGUCAGAGACCCGGCAGCCUGUCCAGACCUGGUCAGCCCAGAUGAGAGGCACCAUCCCCAGCCUCACCUUCCCUGGCAUGGUGUUGGACAUCAAGGGUGGCAAGCAGUACGACAGAGACCAUGUGGUGAUUUUACCAGAGAGUGAGGAGAGGCCUUGCCAACAGUGGGAGCUGGAGCUGCUGUAACCUUCCAAUAACCUUCCCUCAACCCACACCCUUCACCUGCUCCUCCAAUACAAUACAUUCCAAUAUCGACCAACCCCUCAGAACUCCUGCUCUUCAGUCUGUGGAGACGGACAUUAGGAAGCACCGCAGACUGAACCUUGUGUCAUCAUGGUCAGGCACUCUCAAGAGGAUCCCAGAAAAUCUUCUUUACAGUUAAAGGGUUUCUUUCAUUCUGUGAAGAAUCAUAUGAGGGUUAUACUUUUUUGCCUGAAUGUGAUGACAGCAGCAUACGAAUGACUCAUCUAACAACCAGUGCCUUUGGAUGUGGUCAACUGGAGAGGAUGGGAAGGGUAGUGCUUCUUUUCCCCUCCCUUAAAUGUGUGUAUUUGAAUUAUUCUAUUAACAGACAUUCUACCCUCUCAGAUUCUUCCUUGACUUCGAUGGUAUGACCCGGUUUAGCACACACAGUAGUGGACAGAACCAUUCACUUGAACCCACUAAUGAUUAUUGGGAAGGUCAAGUUCCAUCUACCAUAUGAUACAUCAUCUGUGGCUACAAGCAGUGUAUUUAAGAGGGUUUCAUAAAGGAAGCCAAAUCUAUGCACAUUCUUUUCUGAAUUGGCUUAGUUCAACAUUUUGUUUGACUAUGUAAUUUACUACCUUUUGGGAAACCAUUGGAUGGGAAGUGUGUUCUUUAGGCAGUAUAAUACAUACAAUAAGGGAUGAUGCAGUGCAAUGACUCUGUGGGCUUUUAUGCAGUUCCUCUCUCAUGCAACAGUGUGUUCUUCUAUUUCACUAUGGUCUAUCUAUUUUCAUAGAUAUGAAUCAUACAUUGCCAAACACUGUCAAGAUACACGUUUACUUUCUUAUUUUUUUAUAUUUAACACCAAAUGCCUUGCACCUCAAUGCAUUAUUCUUUGAUACCAAAAAUAGAAUGUGAAAAGAAAUGAGUGGUUUUAAAAUAUUAAAUAAAACUAUCAAAA